AUGAACAAUGGGCUUAACAUUGCUCAUGGUGGAGGCUACGUGAUGGGGGGAGGGUGCUCUGACUCGGACCUCACUCUGUCUGAGCUGGAGGAGGAGGAGUCGCUGCCUUACCCCGGCUUCGUCCAGAUCUCGCUCAAGUACCUCGACCAACAUUCCCGCCCGAGGACUUGGUGCCUCUUCAUCAUCACCAAUCCAUAUCCUUUCUAUCUCAGCAUCUCGUACACUGAUAGUUCAUAA